AUGCCAUCUCUUAAAAUCGUUGCUGAGCUUGAUUCAUCUUCUCCGUACCCUUCCGGAACCACUCCUCAAGAUAUCCUGACCAAGGGAGCUCUGGAUUUUGUGGUUUCAUUACACCGCACUUUUAACAACCGUCGCAAGAAACUCUUGGAAACCCGUGUUAAACGCCAAGUUGAAAUUGAUGGUGGCAAACUUCCUUCUUUCCUGGAAGAAACUAAACAUAUUCGCGAAGAUAUUGCAUGGCAAGGACCUGUGCCGGCACCUGGUCUUGUUGAUCGCCGAGUGGAGAUUACUGGGCCUCCUGAUCGCAAGAUGAUUGUUAAUGCUUUCAACUCAAAUGUCACAACUUAUAUGACCGACUUUGAAGACUCAAUGGCACCAACUUGGACUAAUGUGAUUUGGGGACAAGCCAAUCUGUAUGACGCUGUGCGUGGACAGUUGGACUUUGUUGCCAAGGACACUGGUAAGGAGUAUAAAGUGAAGGAUGCUAAUACUCAUUUCAAUGGUAAGUUGCCGACACUGAUUGUUCGCCCCCGUGGAUGGCAUAUGGUUGAAAAGCACAUUGUUGUUGAUGGAGAGCCUAUUUCGGCAUCUAUUUUCGACUUUGGUAUUUUCUUUUAUCACAAUGCUAAGGCUCUGAUUGCAAAGGGUCAUGGACCUUACUUUUACCUCCCCAAGAUGGAGGCAUACCAAGAAGCUAGACUAUGGAAUGAUAUUUUUAAUGUUGCACAAGAUACAUUGGAGAUCCCCCGAGGUACUAUUCGUGCUACUGUGUUGAUUGAGACUCUGACAGGAGCUUUUGAAUUGGAGGAGAUUAUCUAUGAGCUUCGCCAACACUCUUCAGGCUUGAAUUGUGGUCGUUGGGAUUAUAUGUUUUCUACAAUUAAGAAGCUGCGUCAUUACAAGGAUAAGGUUCUUCCUGACCGUGGAGAUGUGACCAUGACUGUUCCAUUUAUGGCUGCUUAUGUCAAGUAUUUGAUUGAGGUUUGCCACAAGAGAGGAGUACAUGCUAUGGGAGGCAUGGCUGCACAGAUUCCUAUUAAGGGAGACGAGGCUGCUAAUGCUGCUGCAAUGGAGCGGGUCAAGGCCGACAAGUUGCGUGAGGCGACAGCUGGACAUGAUGGUACAUGGGUUGCCCACCCUGCACUUGCCCACAUUGCUACUGAUAUUUUUGGAGAGUACAUGCCCCAUCCUAAUCAAUUGUUUUAUCGUCCUGAAUUGGACAAGGAUGGCUACUUGCCAGUUGAGACUGGGGAUUUACUGAAUACCCAGAUUACAGGAGGGAAGAUUACCGAGGCUGGAAUUCGCAAGAAUAUUUACAUUGGGCUGAACUAUAUGGAAGCUUGGCUUCGUGGAGUUGGUUGUGUUCCUAUUGACUGGUUGAUGGAGGAUGCGGCUACUGCUGAAGUUUCACGAGCCCAAUUGAACCAGUGGGUUUUACAUGGUGUUAAGACUGAGGAUACAGAUAAGGUUAUUACUGCAGAGUUAAAUAAGGAUAUAUUGGCAGAGGAGACUGCCAAGUUAUUGAAGACAGCUAAGGAGGGCAAUAAGUUUGAGCUUGCUGCCAAGUACUUUUUGCCUGAGAUUACAGGUGAGAAGUUUUCAGACUUUUUGACAACAUUGUUGUACGAUGAGCUGACGGCUGGAGAGUCGUUUGGUGAGAUUUUAGUUGAAGCGUUGAAGGCUUAG